AUGAUGCUCCUCUUCCAGCAGCUUCAUGAGGAGGUUUUAGAUGAACAUAAGAUCAGUCUGAGGAGGAGAUGUGAACGUGUGACUGAAGGAAGUGAUGAAACAGGAAGUAGAACCCUCCUCAACAGGAUCUACACUGAGCUCUACAUCACAGAGGGACAGAGUGAAGAGGUUCAUACCCAACAUGAGGUGAGGCAGCUGGAGACAGCUUCCAAGAUGGACGCCCUCCAUGACACUCCAAUUAGGUGCCAGGACAUCUUUGAAGCCUUACCUGACCAACAGAGACCCAUCAGAGUGGUUCUGACCAACGGCGUGGCUGGUGUUGGAAAAACCUUCUCAGUGCAGAAGUUCACUCUGGACUGGGCAGAGGGCUUGGAGAACCAACAUGUCAGUGUGGUGGUUCUGCUUUCAUUCAGGGAGCUGAACCUGAUCAGAGAUGAGCAGUACAGUCUUCUGGAGCUGCUCCAUGUUUUCCAUCCAACAUUACAGAAGGUCACAGCAGAGAAGCUGGCUGUCUCUCAGCUUUUGUUCAUCUUUGACGGCCUGGAUGAAAGCAGACUUUCAUUGGAUUUCACCAACAGGAAGCUGCUGACUGAUGUCACACAGAAGGCAUCAGUCAGCCAGCUGCUCACAAACCUCAUCCAGGGGGAUCUGCUUCCCUCGGCUCUCGUCUGGAUAACUUCCCGACCUGCAGCAGCCAAUCAGAUCCCUCCUACAUGUGUCGACAGGCUAACAGAAGUACGAGGCUUCACUGACGCCCAGAAGGAGGAGUACUUCAGGAGGAGAUUCAGUGAUGAAGAGCUGUCCAGCAGAAUCAUCUCCCACAUGAAGACAUCCAGGAGCCUCCACAUCAUGUGUAGUAUCCCAGUCUUCUGCUGGAUCACUGCUACAGUUCUGGAGCACAUGUUGACUACAGAGCAGAGAGGAGAGCUGCCCAAGACCCUGACUGACAUGUACUCACACUUCCUGCUGGUUCAGACAAAGAGGAAGAAGAACAAGUACCAUGAGGGACAUGAGACGAGUUCACGGGAACUGACGGAGGCUGACAGGGAAGUUCUUCUGAAGCUGGGGAGGCUGGCGUUUGAACAUCUGGAGAAAGGAAACAUCAUGUUCUACCAAGAAGACCUGGAGCAGUGUGGUCUGGAUGUGACAGAGGCCUCGGUGUACUCAGGAGUUUGUACAGAGAUCUUCAAAAGAGAGUGUGUGAUCUUCCAGAAACCAGUUUACUGCUUUGUUCAUCUGAGCAUUCAGGAGUUUCUGGCUGCAGUCUACAUGUUCCACUGUUUCACCAACAGGAAGACAGAGGUGCUGAAGAACUUCUUUGGGAAAAAAUAUAAAGAGUCAUCGUUGGAUGAUUUUCUGAAGCAAGUCAUGAGAAAAUCCCUCCAAAGUAAAAAUGGCCACCUGGACCUGUUUGUUCGCUUCCUUCAUGGCCUCUGUCUGGAGUCCAACCAGAGACUCUUAGGAGGUCUGCUGGGUCAGACAGAGAUCAGUCCAGGAACCAUCCAGAGAGUCAUCAACAACCUGAAGGAGAUGAACAGUGAUAAAAUCUCUCCUGACAGAAGGAUCAACAUCUUCCACUGUCUGAUGGAGAUGAACGACCUCUCAUUAUUUCAGGAGAUCCAAGAGUUCCUGAAGUCAGAGAACAGAUCAGAGAAGAAACUCUCUGAGAUCCACUGCUCAGCUCUGGCCUUCAUGCUGCAGAUGUCAGAUGAGGUUCUGGAUGAGUUGGAUGUGCAGAAGUACAAAACUUCAGAUCGGGGACGACAGAGACUGAUUCCAGCUGUGAGGAACUGCAGAACGGCUCGAUGCUGGCGGGACCAGGCCGCGGCCCAGUGGGACCAUCUGAUGAAGCUCCAGGAACAUUCGGACCACCAGACCAAGGUCCUGGAGCAACUGGUCGGGGCUGCUGCGUCGCCGAAGUCGCCUCUUCUGUCGGUGGCGAUACACAGGAUGUUGGAGGGUGACAACCCCAGGUCUUUUUGGAGGCGUGCCCAGCCCAGGCGUGCUGGUGGCCGCGAGCGGAGUGGGCCCCCGCGACUGAUCCCACUGCUAUCAGGGGAGGCUCAGACAGCGUCCCUGGGCCUGCCGCCUGCCUCGCGGAGCAGCUUCGACGACGUGUGCCGGGCCAUGUUGGACCGGAUGGGCCUCGCUCGGAAGACCAUUGCCGGCAGUUUCGUGCCUGCAGGCUGA